AUGUUCAUGGACAGAUGGGGGCGUAAGAAAGUCCUCAUCAUCGGUGGAGUUGGCAUGGGGGUAUCCCAACUCACUGUGGGUACUCUCUAUGCUGUCUACAAGGACAGCUGGGCAAGCAACAAGUCGGCCGGGUGGGCUGCUGCGUUCUUUGUAUGGGCCUACAUCGCCAAUUUUGCCUUCAGCAUCGGCUGCGUCAACGGGAUCGUGCCUUCAGAGAUCUUUCCACCUGGAGUUCGAUCCCAGGCAGUUGGUCUUGCAAUUGGAACCAAUUGGCUGAGCAACGAGUUCAUCGUUGCUCUCAUCACUCCUCGAAUGCUCGAAGCUAUCACGUUUGGCACAUUCUACUUCUUCCUGGCUUUCUGUAUGAUUCUCGUUGUCUGGGUCUACUUCUUUGUCCCAGAGACUAAGGGAGUUCGGAUCGAAGAGAUGGACAAGCUUUUCGGUGGUAAUCAAGUAGAAGCGGACAUGAUCAGAAUGGCAAAUAUCAGGCAACAGUUGGGAUUGGUCCAGGGGAACGAUUUGAAGAAAGAAUUUGAUGUUGGGGUUAGUGAGGUGGAAAAGGCAUGA